AUGGCAUCGCAAUAUUCGAUUGGCAGAGUUCGUGCAUCUUCAAGAGCGAGAUGUCGUUCGAACGAUGAUCCAAUCCUAAUUGCUGUUAUUGGUGUGACGGGGGCUGGAAAAUCUACAUUCAUAAAUCGCGCCGCGGGAAGAAACAUUCUACAAGUUGGACAUACCUUUGACUCAUGCACUCAAUCUGUGAAUUGCGUACGGACGGAGAUUGACGGAAGAGAGGUCUUCUUGAUCGAUACCCCCGGAUUUGACGAUUCCCAGAGGACAGAUGCGGAGGUACUCGAAGAGAUAUCCGAUUGGCUAACCACAACGUUUUGGGAAGGGAUAUACCUGAACGGAAUCAUCCUCUUACAGCCCGUCGAAGGAUGUCGCGGAUUGGGAUCUGAACGUCGACGUACUCGCUUGUUCCAGAAAAUCUGUGGACCCGACGCUUAUAGCCAUGUCGUUAUUGGAACUACCAUGUGGGGCAAGAUCCGCAAUCGAGUAGACGGCGAAAAUAUGGUUCGACAGCGAAGAGAUUCGGAAGAGUUUUGGGCAGCGCUUAUUCGCAGGGGUGCAGAGGUCGUCGAGCACGAGGACACCCGGGAGUCAGCUCUUAACAUCAUCCGAAAGGUUAUGUUUAAGAAUAAGACCAUUUUACAGCUGCAACAAGAGCUCGCGGAAUGCGAUGGAAUUCUUCAUAGGACUGCGGCGGGCAGACAGCUCGAUCAAGACCUCGGCCAAAGCAGCGAGAGGAGAAGGCGUGAAUUGGACGCAAUCAUCUCGGAGAGAGACGCGUUUCGAAAGUCGACACAAGAACUCGAAGAAAGAAUCAUGGAGCUCAUAUCGUUGAUAGAAUCGAUAGAAGACCAGAGAACCAAACUGCAAAACACCGAGGUGAGAGCGUCAUCUUCCAAGCCACAAUGGAUUCAAGCAUUUGCGGCUUUGGGUACUUUGGGUGUUGGGGCAGCCACAGCGGCCAUUCCACUGGCAACGGGUGGUUCAUGCACAAUUCUUUAA